AUGGCAUCCUCCUUCGGCGCAGCCGCCCUGGUCCUCGUCCAGCUCCUGCUGGGCCUCGUCGCCGGUCAGCCCGUCGUGUCCUUCCCCUUCAACGCGCAGCUGCCUCCCGUCGCAAGGACAGGCAGCCUGUUCACAUACGUCUUCUCAUCCCACACCUUCACCUCCGACCUGUCCAUAAACUACACCUUGGGCGAGCACCCGAGCUGGAUCUCCCUCGAGAGCUCCGAGCGCAAGCUAUAUGGCAUCCCUGACGAUGAUGGUGUGCCCUCGGGCGAUGUCGUGGGCCAGACGGUUGAGAUCAUCGCCACCGACGGCACCGGGUCGGUCACCAUGAGAUCCACGGUAGUCGUAUCGCGAGAAGUCGGUCCCAGCGUGCGCGUGCCCUUGUCGGAGCAGAUCGACGGCUUCGGCCCAUACUCGGCGCCCUCGUCGCUGCUCGUCUACCCUUCCGAGCCGUUCACCUACCGCUUCAGCUCCAAGACCUUCCACCAUGUUCCCGACAGGGUCAACUACUACGCCACCUCGGGCAACAGCAGCCCGCUCCCUGCCUGGAUCCGCUUCGACGCCUCGACCUUGACCUUCUCGGGAACCACACCGGGUGCCGACGAUCUCUUCCAAUCGCCCCAGACGUUUGCCGUGCGCCUCAUCGCCUCGGACAUUGAGGGUUUCUCUGCCGCCACCGUCGACUUCUCUAUAGUCGUGGGCGCCCACAUGCUCAGCACCGAGAACCCCGUCAUCGAGCUCAACACGUCGAGGGGUGACUCUUUCGAGUACGACGCCCUCGAGGACGGCAUCAAACUCGACGGCAAGUCGGUCCAACCCGGCGACCUCAACGUCACGACAACCAACACGCCUGCCUGGCUCUCCUUCGACAGCAACACCUGGUCUCUCCACGGCACCCCGCGCAGCGACGACCACUCGGCCAACUUCACCCUCACCUUCACCGACUCCCACUCGGACUCCCUCGAUGUCAUGGUCGUCAUCAACGUCGCCACCGUCCUCUUCUCUAGCACCUUCCGCGACAUCGAGGUCACGCCCGGCGAGAACUUCACCCUCGAUCUGCGCCCCCACUUCAAGGACCCCUCCGACGUCUCCGUCGUCUUCGAGACCCAGCCCGACCAGGACUGGCUCAGCCUCCAAGGCUUCAUCCUGGCUGGCCAGGUGCCCAGGUCGGCUUCGGGUGAGGUCAGCGUCGACAUCGAAGCCGCGUCUAAGAGCUCCAGUCGCAGGGAGACCGAGUCCCUUACCAUGACCUUUCUCGCACCCGACGGGAGCACCACCACCACACCCACUACUGCGACGGCCAUGCCCACGGGUACGUCGUCAAACACGGGCGAAAGCUCCGGUGGCGAGGACAGGAAGGAUGGCGGUAUCGGAACCACGGCAAUCCUGCUUGCCACCCUUAUCCCGAUCCUGUCCGUCGCCCUCCUCGCCGCUCUCGUCGCCUUCCUCAUCCGUCGCCGCCGCCGUCGCGGGUCCUACCUAUCGAAGCAGUUCCGCUCAAAGAUCUCCCCCCCCGUCGAAGGCUCCCUCCAGCAUACCGAGUCCGGCAGCGACAUGGACGCCAAGGCGCUCGCGGCCGUGGGCGUGGGCGCACGGAAAGGCUCGCCAUCUUGGCUGGAGAAGCGAGCAUCUAAGCGCGCGUCUGAGCGGGCAUGCAAGCGGGAAUCCAAGCGAGAACCCAAGCGACAUUCCAGCCCUGCACCCACGAACUUGCCCGGCUUCAGCUUCCCCGGAAACCGCACAUCUGCCCCUGCCACUGCCACUGCCACUGCCCCUGCAUCUGCCCCUGAACCUGCACCUGAACCUGCAUCCGCAGCGGACAGCCCAUCACUACCUCCGAGCGACGUGUUCAUGCACAGUGCAGGUAUCGAGACGGCCCAGUCCUGCUCCGGCACCGAGGGCGGCUCGUGGUUCACAACCGAAGAGACGGCCGUGGACCAGAGGUCUGAUGCGCGCGAUCUGCAGAGAAACAAGGCAUCCAGCAGCCGGGACUCGGCAACCACGGUCCUCUACUCCACGCACCAGAUCCUGCCCACCCCGCCGCUCAUACCAAUGUCCGAGGAGACGACCGGCUUCAGGAACCGCCUCGACCUGACGAUCCCCACGCUCGACGAGAUCUCCGGCAUGAACGCCACCGGCCACCACGGGACACGCGCUCCCUCGUCAUACUACACCACUAAUACCGGCGGCGGCGGCCCCCGUUCCGAAGCAGUCUUUUCGACGAUGACGACCAGCUCCGCCGCCCUCCCGGGAAUGCACCGGACCGCGCAGGACAUCGAGAACGAUCCCACCUUCUGGGCUAGGCCCACCCCUCUAGCGAUGAGCAGCGGCAGGACAGAAGGCUCAGAAAAGGACUGGAGCACCAUCCGCGAAGACGAGGACGAGGAGGACGGGUCGUCAGGUGCCGAUCCCGUACCCGAACUCCCUCGCCCACCGCAGGUUGCUCGUCCGCCGUCGGACCAGAACAACCAGGCUUCCUCGCUGUCGUCUGUCCGUCGCGCACCACCACGGUCGUCGCAUAUCUCGUUCCUGUCGGACACGUCAUUCGGAUCAAUGGAGAACUGGAGGGUUCUCGGACGUGCCGGUGCCGGCGCGGUCCCUCAACAGCAGCAGCAGCAGCAGCAGCAGCAGCAGCAGCAUGCUGUCCCCGGUGGUAUGAAUACCGUUGCUUCGGCUCCUCUGUAUUCGACUCCGGGGCUGGGUAUCAACCGUGAUUUCGGCUCCCAUGCCGGUUCCUCGACUGCCGCUCCCAAGAUCAGGACCGUUCACGAGGCUCAUGAGAAGUCGUUUGCGAAUAUCUUCUCGGGUCUGGAUGAGGAACCGGAUUAUGAGGGACGAGCGAAAGAGGAUGAAGAGGAUGAUGGGUUGUCAGCCGGUGCCGAGGCGUGUAAUUGGAAGAGAGAGAGGGAAUCUGCUGGUUUGGUAUCAGAGAGGAGUUUCAAGGCGUUUCUGUGA